AUGAACAACCCACCCGCUACCAUCCCAAUAGCAGGGGUGGAAGACGCUUCUGAGUUGACUCAAAAUCAGGAUAGAAUCAAUCAGCGCAUAGUGUUGGUGUUCAAUAGCCCCAUCACCGCAAACACUAACAACGAUGGCAUAAGAUCAAAGAUGGUGAACAGCGUACUGACCAAGAGCGAAGGGGAUAACAUUAAUAAUCUGGUUUGGAAUGGGAAGAAGGAAUAUGCGGAGGAUAGUAAUGGUGAUGUGGCUGGAGGAACAAGAACAAAAUCAAACGGAUUGACGACAUGGACGAGAGAUGGAACAACGCAUCAGCCUGCAAAACGUGGUCAAGCAAUGAACAAGCGGGUAUUCACUUUUGGCAAAGGUAGGGGAGAAGGAAACAAGGCCAUGAAGUCCUUGUUGGGAGGAAAGGGAGCCAACCUCGCAGAAAUGGCAACCAUUGGCUUAUCUGUGCCUUCUGGACUCACUAUAUCAACAGAAGUAUGCCAAGAAUAUCAACAGAAUGGAAAGAAGCUACCAGAUGACUUGUGGGAGGAAGUACUUGAAGGCUUGCACUUUGUGGAAAGUGAGAUGGGAGCCACUCUUGGAAAUCCUUCAAGACCUCUUUUACUCUCAGUUCGCUCUGGUGCUGCGAUUUCCAUGCCUGGGAUGAUGGACACUGUUCUCAACCUAGGAUUGAAUGAUGAAGUGGUUAUUGGGUUGGCAGCAAAAAGUGGAGAGCGGUUUGCUUAUGAUUCUUAUAGACGUUUCAUAGACAUGUUUGGAGAUGUUGUAAUGGACAUUUCUCACUCUCUAUUUGAGGACAAGUUAGAAAAACUAAAAAGUGCAAGAGGUGUUAAACUUGACACAGAUCUAACAGCCUAUGAUCUCAAAGAGCUAGUUGAGCAGUACAAGAAUGUGUACCUUGAAGCCAUGGGAGAAAAGUUUCCCUCAGAUCCAAAGAAGCAGUUAGAUUUAGCUGUUAAAGCUGUUUUUAAUUCUUGGGAUAGCCCAAGGGCAAUUAAAUAUCGGAACAUUAAUCAAAUAACUGGACUAAAGGGAACUGCUGUAAACAUUCAAUCCAUGGUGUUUGGUAACAUGGGGAACACUUCAGGAACUGGCGUCCUUUUCACUAGAAAUCCAAGCACUGGUGAAAACAAACUUUAUGGCGAAUUUCUAAUUAAUGCUCAGGGAGAGGAUGUAGUUGCUGGAAUCAGGACACCUCAAGACUUAGAGGUCAUGAAAUCUUGCAUGCCAGAAGCUUGUAAGGAACUUGAGGAGAAUUGUGAAAUUCUAGAGAAACAUUACAAGGAUAUGAUGGAUAUUGAGUUCACUGUCCAAGAAAAUAAGUUAUGGAUGUUGCAAUGUCGAGUCGGGAAACGUACUGGUAAAGGUGCAGUCAAAAUAGCUGUGGAUAUGGUUAAUGAGGGGCUUGUUGACAUUCGUUCUGCAAUAAAGAUGGUAGAGCCACGACAUCUUGAUCAACUUCUGCACCCACAGUUUGAGGAUCCAUCUACUUACAAGGACAAAGUGAUUACCGUUGGUUUGGCAGCAUCCCCUGGAGCAGCAGUAGGGCAGGUGGUGUUCACGACUGAUGACGCUGAAGAAUGGCAUGCACAAGGAAAGAGUGUUAUCUUGGUGAGGAAUGAGACAAGUCCAGAGGAUGUUGGGGGUAUGCAUGCAGCUACAGGAAUCUUGACGGCUAGGGGUGGUAUGACAUCUCAUGCUGCUGUUGUAGCCCGUGGAUGGGGAAAGUGUUGUGUGUCUGGUUGCUCUGAUAUACUUGUAAAUGAUGCUGAGAAGGUGUUUGUAGUUGGGGACAAAGUGAUAGCAGAAGGAGAAUGGCUCUCACUGAAUGGAUCCACCGGCGAGGUGAUAGUGGGAAAGCAACCACUUUCUCCUCCUGCUCUAAGCGAUGAUUUAGGAACUUUCAUGUCUUGGGCAGAUGAAAUAAGGCAUCUGAAGGUUAUGGCAAAUGCUGAUUCUCCUGAAGAUGCAAUAACAGCUAGACAAAAUGGUGCUCAAGGGAUUGGGCUUUGUAGGACAGAGCAUAUGUUUUUCGCUUCAGACAAGAGGAUAAAGGCUGUGAGAAUGAUGAUAAUGGCAGUUACAGCGGAGCAGCGAAAAGCUGCACUGGACUUGUUGCUACCUUACCAAAAAUCAGAUUUCGAGGGGAUAUUUCGUGCAAUGGAUGGUCUGCCAGUAACAAUCCGAUUGUUAGAUCCUCCACUUCAUGAAUUUCUUCCAGAAGGUGACCUGGAACACUUCGUCAGUGAACUAACUACUGAGACAGGAAUGAAAGAAGAAGAAAUCUUUUCCAGGAUAGAAAAACUAUCAGAAGUGAACCCCAUGCUUGGUUUUCGUGGCUGCAGGCUGGGAAUAUCAUACCCAGAACUGACGGAGAUGCAGGCCCGUGCAAUCUUUCAGGCUGCUGUUUCAGUGAAAAAUCAUGGUAUUACAGUUCUUCCAGAAAUAAUGGUUCCACUUAUCGGUACACCUCAGGCAUGGCCCUUUUCUUACUUAUUUCUUACGAUAUUGGAAUUAAGGCAUCAAGUGAGUUUAAUAAGGAAUGUUGCUAAUAAUGUGUUUUCUGAAACAAAUUCUUCCUUAAGCUAUAAGAUUGGGACUAUGAUUGAAGUUCCAAGGGCUGCGCUAGUUGCAGAAGAGAUUGCAAAGGAAGCAGAGUUCUUUUCAUACGGAACCAAUGACCUUACUCAAAUGACAUUUGGAUACAGUAGAGAUGAUGUUGGAAAAUUUCUUCCCAUUUACCUAUCCACUGGGAUUCUGCAGCAUGAUCCAUUCGAGGUACUUGACCAGAAAGGUGUGGGUCAACUCAUCAAGAUUUGCACAGAAAAGGCUCGUGCCGCUAAUCCAAACCUAAAGGUUGGAAUAUGUGGAGAGCAUGGUGGGGAGCCUUCUUCUGUUGCAUUCUUUGCUGAAAUUGGACUUGACUAUGUUUCAUGUUCUCCUUUUAGGGUUCCAAUUGCUAGGCUUGCGGCAGCUCAAGUUGCAGCUUAA